AUGACACGUUACAGAAAUAAAGUUUGCCUUCAAAAAGUCGGGCAGGAGAAUAAUGUGCCGGCGUUCCACAUGAAUCGGCUGGAAACAUUCAAAUGCGAGGGAAGCCGAAUCCUUCAUAAAGCCAGCCGUAUUUCCGACAGCUCGCGUUGUUGCUUCUCCGCAGAGGCACAGCUCAUGAAAAAUCACCAGUGCCAUCCAUCACCGGCUCUGCUGCUGUCCCACUCACACACCAGCACGGGACGCUGUCGGAGGGUGUUCGGGCAAAGCGGGACAGGGGGCUGCCAGCAGUAA